GACCAAUGCCAUGCCCCACGGCAUGUGCCAUGUGCCCCUAAACUUGUCGUCCCCCCCUAAUUCGUGCUGUCGGAGCUCCUCCCCUCGAACUCGUAACCCUUCACUCGCCCACUCUACUCUGUCUCUCUCUCUCUCUCUCUCUCUCUACCUUACUCCCCAAGGGCGACUGGCACAUUUGACUUCUUACCCUCGAUUCGAGCCUGCGCCGCCCGUUCUCGACCCCAUUCUUCGCCGCCCGCCCCUGCGCGAGCGACCCAAGACGACAUCGAGCGAAAUUCGAGUUACCCACUGGGACCUCACGCCACGCAUCCCUGAUACCUCCCCUUCAGGCAGACUACUCUCGUCCACGAAACGGCCGACCGGCGAACGACAGCGUACAACAUUCAUCCCUCACCAGGAGGUCUCGAGCGCCACAAGGUCGUUGCUUGAUGGCCACUGGCUGAGCUGAGGCAAUCCCCUGUUCACGUCUCCUCCCUGAACACCCGGCUGCCUCGCCGGGGAACCAUCGAAGCCAUGUCUAAGCAGGACGACGACGUGGCCUCGGCGGCGCAAGACAGUCAACAGAACCAUCAAGCACAAGAGUCAAAAGAUGUUGCUGCCCCGUCCCCACCGGCCUCGGAGCCAGAUGCUGCUGCCGAGAAUGACUCGUUUGAAGAUGCUGUCGACGCCGUGUCCGUGCGGUCCCUGACAAAAAGAUCUGCAUCCGCCAGCAAGAGCCCGCCACCUCCCGACGCUGAGCGAGACACCAAGCCCGAUGCGAACGACGACACUGGGGAUGGUCGCCGUGACUCGUCCGGGACUGAUACCAAGCCUCAGCAACACCGGUCCUCGUCGCAAGUCUCCAAACGCAUAUCGCACGACUCAAAUCUCGAUAAUGUCGAUCUGGACGAUGAAGCCCCGGCCAAGGCCAAGGAGUCGCACAGCCCUGUCGAAAAAGAACCGUCCGGCAGAAAGCUGUCUCUGGGCGGCCUCACCAGCGCUUUGCCCUCCAUGCCCUGGUCGCCCCAACCCGAGUCGCCCGCAAAGAGUCCGAGACCACCGUUGGCCGCGGUUGCCUCACCGCCUCCAGAGCCCAAGCCACAACCUCCCACCCGAAAGCUUACAAGCCCCUUCUCGUGGCUUUCGCGCAACACAUCUAGCAAGGACAAUCAAACCUCUCCACCUGUACAAGCAUCCACGAGAAGGAAUACGGCUAGCUCCAUUGCGACCCUGAUGAGCAACCCGGAGAUGAUGUUGAGCCGUUUGGAGGAGGAGAGCGAAGGUACGCCCAAUGGCAAAGCCGCCCCGAACCGCGAGAGCCUCAAGGACAGGUUUAAAGCAGUCCGUAUGCGAGAGGAGGCUGGCAUUGCGGGCGGCGGCGGGGGCUCAGAUGGGGCCACCGAUGCGCUAGGCCUGGUCAACCAAGCUGGGGAUGCCUCACCCACCGAAAAGACCCCUACACAAUCUCUUCCUGGGCCAGACAAGGCGCUGGCCCCCGGGACAGCCUCGGGUGUCAAUGUUGGCCCGUCAGCCAUGCCGGACACACAGGUUGACUGGGAUCUGUGGCAGUCAGUCGUCUAUGAGGGACCUGCCGCAGUAGCCCGCACCAGUGCCGAGGAGCUCAACAAGGCCAUCGCCACGGGAAUACCCCAUGCCAUUCGGGGAGUUAUUUGGCAGGUUCUAGCACAGAGCAAGAACGAGGAUCUUGAGGCGGUUUACCGAGAGCUUGCAGCGAGGGGCACGGACAAGGACAAGAACAGACAGAGCAACAGCACAACGUCGAGCACAGUCAGCAAUGGCAACCUCAGCACACACAGCGGCGACGCAGCAUCCUCGGCAUCAUCCGUGCACUCUGAACAGUCUGCCGGCAAUGGUAGCAUCUCCCCGAAGGGAGAAAAGAGCGCAGAGGCCAUUGCUAAAGCGCAAGCUGCAGCCACUGCUGAGCGCAAAAAGCGAGAAAAGGAGGAUGCUGCGGUAUUGCAGAAGCUGGAGAAGACCAUUCGCCGCGAUCUUGGGGCCCGUACAAGCUAUUCGAAGUUUGCGGCCGCCGCCGGGCUUCAGGAGGGCCUGUUUGGUGUCUGCAAGGCCUACGCUCUCUUCGACGAGGGGGUGGGAUAUGCACAGGGCAUGAACUUUCUGAUAAUGCCCCUGCUUUUCAAUAUGCCAGAGCAGGAGGCCUUCUGCCUUUUAGUUCGCAUGAUGAACCACUACCGCCUCCGGGACCUCUUCAUCCAGGAUAUGCCGGGAUUGCACAUGCACCUCUACCAAUUUGAGCGACUGCUAGAGGAUGUCGAACCUGCACUAUACUGUCACUUACACAGGCGAGGCGUCUCACCACAUCUUUAUGCCACACAGUGGUUCCUGACAUUGUUCGCGUACCGUUUCCCUCUUCAGCUGGUGCUUCGAAUCUACGACCUGAUUCUGUCCGAGGGCCUGUCGGCAAUCCUCCGCUUUGGUAUUGUGCUGAUGCAGAAGAACGCCAGCACGUUGCUGGCUAUUUCGGAUAUGCAACAGCUCACGACGCACCUUAAGGACAAGCUCUUCGACGUGUAUAUCGACAAGGACCCGAGCCAAGGAAGCAUUCUCGAGAAUGGUUUCUUCGGAAGCUCUAGUUCGAGCAUGGACAAGGAAGUGUACAGGGCAGACCAGCUGAUCAGGGACGCCUGCGAGGUUAAGAUCACGCCCGAGACACUGAAAUUGUACACGGCCGAGUGGGAAGAAAAGACAAAGGCCGAGCGAGACCGCGAGAUAGAGCUGCUGGAACUCCGCGCGGCGAACCAGAACUUUGCCAUCCAGGUCCGGAAGCUGGAAGAGCGCGUCCAGGUGUGCGACCGUGAACAAGCUGCCCUAGCCACGGAGCUCGUGCACACGAAGGUGGAGAACGAGGAGCUGCGGGACGAGAACGAGAGCCUCAAGGGCCAGGUCCGAGAACUGAAGGUUGUCAUCGAGCAGCAGCCUGCCGAAAUUGAAGAGAAGUGGAACAUGGAGAGGGACGACUUGAUGAAGCGGAACGGGAACGUCCACGAGGAGAAUCAACGCCUGGAGAAGGAGAUGUCCGAGCUGGAAGAGGAGCUUGUCCAGACGAAGAUGCAAUACGCUGAGAUCAACUCGCAGCAUGAGGCUCUGACUCGCAAAUGGGCCGACUUGAAGCGUCAAUUUUCGUAGGCGUAGGGGCGGAGUGAUGGAACCCGCUCCCAUACCUGGGGUCGGGAGCAUCAGACAAGACAGCGCCUUGCUGCAAUGGACCACAGGUGUCAUUCGCACAAACUCGGUCGUUUUGAGCGCGCGUUUCUCUCACACAAGUGUCAUCGUGUCGACACAGGGUGCUCUGUUUGUAAGAUGAGGCGUCGGAAGCAUUAUCUGGCGCGAUGGUCGUGAACACACGAUUCAGGGGCCUUUUCUGCCCCGAGGGAAGAAGAAAAAUCCAAGGCAUGAAACGUUUGGAGGCAUUCAUAUGUCGAUAUCGGUGACAAGCAGUCUCAGCCGAGGACAGCGGCGUCUGGCGACAUGUGACUAGAAAUGUAUUGUUGGUGAGAAGCCUUCCGCUUCUGCCUUGACUGGCAGCCAAGAGCGGCCAAAUAACUUAGGUGGUCACUGGGGGACAAAAGGUACACAACGACCCGUUCAAUUUGAAUGCGCGUGCCAAGAGUGUCAUAAUGUCUUGGUUGUGAGAAAUAUCUUUUUGAUUCCUUAUGGACCCGUCCCGAUGCUUAUGAAGCUCUUCAUGCCCUGAAACGAC